AUGCUUCAACCGUGGCUCCGCCACACCAGCGGAGCAGCCCGCUUCGUCUGUUUGCGAUGUCGAAAGCUUCACACUCCCCAGCAUCCCUCCCCCGUUCAUAGCGCGCUCCGAUCCGCCUCCUACCGUCCAACUCGACACUUCCAGACCUCAUCGCCCGCUUCGCAAGGUCAUGUACCGCUUCGGAAACAGCUGAAAUCGGAGGCAAAGGCCUUAAAGGCGCAUAAAAGACAGAGAAGAGAGAGUGAGGAAGCAUCGCGGCAGAAAUGGGAGUUGACCGUGGGCAUUGAGAUCCAUGCGCAGCUCAACACGGAAUCCAAACUAUUCUCCAGAGCGUCAACUUCGGCUAGCGACAUCCCCAAUUCCAAUGUGGCUCUAUUCGACCUGGCAUUCCCAGGUAGUCAACCGGAAUUUCAAGUAGCGACGCUGCUCCCCGCCCUCCGCGCUGCAAUCGCCUUAAAUUGCAAUAUUCAGUCCGUCAGUCGGUUCGAUCGAAAACACUAUUUCUAUCAGGAUCAGCCGGCCGGAUACCAGAUCACACAAUACUAUGAACCCUUUGCGAGAAACGGCUACGUCGAUCUAUUCGACUACGAUGGGAUUGCACCGGAAGACGGCGACAAGGUGCGUAUCGACAUCAAGCAGGUCCAGCUCGAACAAGACACGGCCAAAUCUCAGGAAUACCCUCCAUCUACUCAACUCCUCGACUUCAACCGAGUCUCCCAUCCACUCAUUGAGGUCAUUACCAUGCCACAAAUCCAUACCCCCGCCACUGCCGCCGCGUGUGUUCGGAAAAUCCAGUCGAUACUCCAAUCAUGUAGUGCUGUGACAACUGGUAUGGAAUUAGGAGGUCUACGAGCCGAUGUCAACGUCUCCAUCCGCGAACGGGAUCAAUCCCCCACCCACACACACAACUACAAUGGAAUCGGUGGACUCGGGCAGCGCACCGAGAUCAAGAACCUCAGCAGCUUCAAGGCGGUCGAGGACGCCAUUAUUGCGGAGAAAAACCGUCAGAUUGCGGUCCUCGAAAGCGGCGGUGUGGUGGAAGGGGAGACCCGUGGCUGGACGAUUGGAAGCACAGAGACUCGAAGGCUCCGAGGCAAAGAAGGCUCGGUGGACUACCGAUACAUGCCAGAUCCUGAUCUGGCUCCGUUGAUUAUCGGGGAAGACCUUGUCUCUAGACUCACCGACACACUUCCAACAGCCUCGGACGAGUUGAUUAAGCUCCUGGCUAGCUCGGAAUAUGGACUCCCCAUCGAGGAUGCAAAACCGUUGAUUGAGCUGGAAGAUGGCGCGAGAUUGGAGUACUACCAGGAUGUUGUGGAUAUCCUCCGCGAUCUCCAACAGGACCAGGACCCCAAGGCCCGCGCAAGUCUUGCCCGAGCGGCGGGCAACUGGGUUCUUCACGAACUGGGAGGGCUGCUGACCAAGGCGGAUCUGGCGUGGGACGCGGAUCGGGUCCCCGCGCAGUCCCUGGCUGAGAUUGUCGAUCAGCUGCAGCGCAAACGGAUCACAGGACCAACAGCCAAGUUGGUGCUGGCCAUGGUAUUCGAAGGAGACCAGCGGCCUAUCCACCAGCUGUUGGAGGAAGAAAACCUGUUACUGCGGCCGUUGUCUCGCGAAGAGUACAUUGCUCUGGCGGAGGCAGCGAUCAGUCAGAAUCCGCAGAUGGUUGAACAGAUCCGCAGCAAGAAUCAGCUGGGCAAACUGGGAUGGUUUGUCGGACAGAUGAUGCGGACAGGCGAGAAAGGACGUGUGGAAGCACAAAAGGCAGAUGAGAUCUUACGUGAGCUCAUCUUGAGAUCGUAA